AUGGAGCGGGUGUGGAGACGCGUACAGGGUGCCGGGCGUCGCGGUGCCGCGGCCCGUUGCGGCUGUCCCGUGCAGCCGUGUCAGCUGCACGUGGACCAACGCGCGAAGCGCGGCGGCGGCGGCCGCAAAUCCCGCGGCGGCGGGCCCCAGACCAUCGUCUGCGGCUGCCAGGUACAGCCGUGUCCGGUGCAUCCGGUGCUCAUCAGGAUCCGUCGUACGCGACCGGCCGCCGCUUCUGCCGCCGCGGCCGCGGCCGUCAGCUGCGACUGUCCGCCGGAUUCGCAACCCUGUCCGCAUCUACAGCGAGGAUCGACCGCGCGAAGAAUCAGAAGAUCCGAAUGCACCGAUCGUUCCUGCCGGCACACAUCCUGUGGCACCGGCACUCGUCGCCGAGCGGUCGCGCAAUCCUCAUCCUCCCCCGUCUCCUCGCAGUUGCAGCUGCAGCUGCAGCCGUGCGAAUGCACCGACGAGAGAUUAAACUGCUCCCACACAGGCGGCGGCGAGGCGCCAUGCGAGUGCGAGUGUGGCGAGGAGGCGAAGCCGUGUUCGCACACGGCCAAAACGCGCAGCGUGCGUCGCACGUGCACGGAUUGCAGUUGCACUCAGCCGUGCGGUCACAAACCGCAGUCCGAGGGCCGUAUCAAGCGGGUCAAGUGCCGCGUGAGACGCGCCGGCUGCGCGAUGGCUCGCUGCACCGCCGAGCUCGCGAUGCUGCAUUUGCACUGGGAGCUCGCCGCCGAAUGUGCGCCCUGUAGACCGCGCGCGCUCACGCGACGGCUCUGCAGGAGGCAGCAGAGCGACAACGAGCUCUACCGUAGCAACAGCUUCAAGUUCGAGCGUUUCGAGCGUACCAAGGACGAGUGCGUCACCCCGCUCCGCAAGCAGGUAUCAUUGUGCGAUGAUUAUAGUUUACCCGUCGACUUUGUGAACAAGAGACGUCCUGCAAGCGCCGCAGCUGCAACUUCCACAGUGCAAUGGACGCUGCCAAGUCCGACUGUAGAGAAUGCGGAAGUUGAGGUUGUGGAACAAUACAGCGACCCUAGAGACAGCAAGAGCAAAGCGUACAUCGAACCGGGAGCGGAGUCGUCCCUGCCGACGAUUUACAGCAGAGCAAAUCGCAACUAUUGUCGACCUUACACAGAUCCGUCAGCAUCCGGUUCAUCUUGCGAGGACGACGAAGAGAGGCAGCUUAGUGUCAGAAAACGAAAGAAUAGCGUCUACGCUUCCUCUUCGACUCGUGCCCAGUCGGCGGAUAGGGAUACUUUAACGUCGACCGACGGCCUGCUUGUUGAUUGCGUCGCCCUAGUACACCUCACUGAUCAAUCCCCGACCGAAUCCAGCCAACCGGUUCGUCAUCCGUCGCCGUAUUACUACGGUGAUCUCUUCAAGGUACCGGAGCAACUGUCCAAGUCACAGCCGAACAAGUACCGGAAAAGUGUCAGUCUCGAUGUACCGGGCGAACGUUCGCGUACACCCGGUAUACCGAAGAGGAACUCGGUAGCGGGUGAUGGCGGUUCUUAUUCGUCGCAACCACGGCAUUAUCAGCAACAACAGCAGCCGCCGCCACCGCCGCCGCCUCCGCCGCACUAUCGGAGCCAGGAUCUGGUGAGCCCCACGUCGGGGAGCGAGCAUGCUGUCCCAGCCAGAGGCGAGAUCCUCUCGUCGUGUAUCAUUACCGAGUGGGAUCACACCCUCAUGCCACCUCAUAGACUGCUGAGCCAUGAUUUGCCCGCCACCGUUUGCACGUGCGUCGCAUCGCCCGAGGAGGAGGAGGAUGAGCUAGAACGACGGCAGCCGCAAGUGACGCGGCAUCAGGUGCGCAAACUACGACGUACACGGAGGAUAGAUCCGCAACCGAUACUCGUCGAGGACGAGGACGACGUGGAGGGUGAGGACGAGGGGGAGGAGGAGGAGGAAGAGGACGUGGAGCUCGAGGACGAGGACGAGGAAGGAAUGGCCAGGCAACGCCAUCUCUACGAAACGGCCUUCGAUUGCAAGGUCAAUCGAUCCGACGAUGAUCUCGACGAUCUUGAUCGCAUAACCAAUCAUGCGGUACUACACUCUCAGGUACGGAGCGGCAGUGCUGCGCUGACUAGCAGAACAAGUUCGUCGACAGACACGUCGAAACAGCAACAUGUGCAACCACUUCCUUACACCGGUCAGUCGCAAUCAAGCAAGGACCAUCGACGUAAAGUUGUACUUCUCCGCCCAAAACCGAUUCCGAGCCGCUUACAGCAGCAACAACAGCAGCAGCAGCAAUCAGACAAUAUAUCCACUCUGUCCCAGGAUAUCGAGUCCCUCCAAAUUAAUUCGAGCGAUGAAAAAACGGGAUCGCCGAGAUUACCUGCGCGCGAUUAUACACCAUCGCCGCCAUCAACCGCGCCUUUACCUGCGAAAUUUCACGGAAAUCGAGAUCACCUGCUGCUGAACAUUCGUAGCGCGCCGAAUCUCCCAUCGCAGCCUGAUCAUCCACGCUUGAAGGACAUGAGGCUGCCGGUGAAGUCGUUGCGCGCCAAGGACUCGCCACAGAGCAGCGAGGGCAGCAUUCUCGAGAUCAAGAGUCGGCCGAAGACCUUCGUUCAGGAGAACAUCGACUCUUCGCAGGGUCGUAGAUUCGACAAGGAGCUUAUUCUGGAGUUUAAAGAUAGGCCUCGGGAAGAGCGACAACGACCGCGUAGUCUGAUUCGCGAGAGCAGACCGAUAAUGGAAUUCAAGGGUAGGCCUCACGAGGCGGAGAGCGAUCUCGCGCGACCAGCACGACGAGAGGCCGGUAUCUUGGAAUUCAAGCUGCGCACAUCACGUCGCCGGGUCGGCUACUCUAGUACCGAGAGUAUGGCGACCAGCAGUAGCGGCGGCAGCAUGGAGUCCAUCAGGAGUAGUACCAGCGAAGGCAACCGGUCGACCAGUAGUUCCGAUAGUCGGCACAGCACCAGAUCUUUAAGUUCCCACAGCUCGGAUAGCGGAGGCAGUAACUGUUACCAUCAUCAACAUCAACCGUCGUUGUCGGGUUUUCUGACCCAUCACGCCACCAAGUUACAUAUUCUCUCGCCGAUCUCCGACAAGUCGUCGCAAGAACCGGCCUCGGAGACUUCCGAUAACAAUCGCAACAAUAAUUCGCAGAAGGCCUCACCUGAGGAGAACAUCAUCACGGAGAACAACGUCACCGCGGGUAACAACACAAACGCGGCUAAUACGAACGCGGUCACCUCGCCCAUGGACACAUCCUUCAAGAAGCGGCGAACACCGCAGAAUAAAAAUCUUAUUAAUCUGGCACUACAGUCGUCGUCGUCGGGCGACGCGGAGAUCCAAGGAUCAGAUAGCGGUAUUUCUAUUGAAUCCCGCGCGGGUAUCAAAUGCAAGCCUUUCGGCUUUCACUUGUUGAAGCCGCAGCUAGACAAUAUCAAUCUUGUCGAUAACGAGCCGGAACUAUCGGAUUUGCCCUUCGACAUGCCAAAGCUUCGUAGGAGACGACUGCUAAUGCAACAGGACGCUACUACAUCCGGAAGCGCAACCAGUGUGGACUUGAGGGAUCUGCCUUUCGACAUGCCGAAACUCAGAAAGCGCCUCAGAUGUACUCAGAGCAUCGAAUCCAGCGCAUCUCAAGCGUCGUCAAGCCUUUCAGUGCGCGACGUAGAACCACCUCCUUUAUUUGGCGGCGGUCUGUCGCGCCCAAAGAUGACUCUGAAUCUGGACGCCGGUGGAAAUGCAGCGGGGACAAGCGGAAUUCCAUGUGGUGGUUUAUUGGCACCGAAGAAACCUGGUGGCUUGAGCCUCGGUUUACCACUGGAGAUCAGUACAGCUCGAAUAUCGGCCGAUCUGGUAGAUGUGGAACUUCCUUUGGAGAGACAAGGAUGGUAUCACGGCUCCAUCACGCGCAUCGAGGCGGAAAGUCUCUUGCGAGUUCAUCAAGAAGGAAGCUAUUUGGUGAGAAAUAGCGAAUCAACCAAACAGGAUUAUUCUCUGUCUUUGAAGAGUGCCCGCGGUUUCAUGCACAUGAGAAUCCAGAAGAAUGAGGAAUUAAACGCUUACAUCCUGGGACAAUUCAGCAAACCGUUCGAGAAUAUACCGGAAAUGGUCCGUCAUUUCAGCGUAAAUCGUCUUCCGAUACGCGGUGCCGAACACAUGUGUCUCUUGCAUCCAGUCAUAGUUCAGCUUUUGUAGCGCAUCUAUCGUAGCGCCAUUUAAGGUGCUGUACCUUUUUUGAUAAUCUGCUUUUUUCUCGCCGAAGCGCGCGAUUUGGCAAUGAACGAGCUUGAUACAGUAAACGGAAUGUCGGAAAAUAUUAUUUUUCCGUGCGACAAAAAAGUCUUUCGAAUUGUCGACGAAUGAUACGUGACUUCCUCUGAGAUUCUCCGUAUCAAUUCGUAUUUCGGUUGAACGAAUCGAAUUCCGCACGAAGAGCGUCAGAGAUAAUGGACAAUAAUGGCAUCGACGGGAGAUACCACUCCGUCAUAAAAUGUUACAGGGGAAAGUACGAAUACAGUACAAAAGUAUAAACAGUGACUGAGAGAAGCUACUUAACGGUACACAGUACGAUCGAUCAGGCGUCCGGGUUCGUGCAAUUUACAAAGAGAGAAAUCGGUGUUGAAAUAUGCAUGAAGAAUCUCAAGUUCGCUCCGAAUAAAAAAAAUUUUUCAUGACGUUAUGACAUCGUCUUUUCGAUAAUGAUUUAAUUCCGCAUGUCUAUGCUCGAGUGCAAGCUUCCGUUUUGCAAUAGAAUUAGAAUUGAUAGGGACGAUAUAUAUUAUUCGAUUUCAAAAACAUGAAGAUGGGUGAAUAUGCUUCGUCUUCCUUGAGAACAUCGCGCAAACCUACCUCAUAAGACUCAUGCAUCGCGGCACGACGUAAAGGCAAACGAUUGUUAUCUGAAUGAUCAAAAGUAACGGAAUGUCUCGAAAGGCGAUAUUAUCGAAGAUACAAAUUUGGCGCAAUAAGAUUCACGAGAGAUAAUGAAUUCAGGAUCGACAAUGCGAAAAAGUAUACGCGAGAACGCCUUAUCCGGCUAAUUUUGCCAACUUAUUACAAAGGUUGUUCCUCGAGUUCGCGAUUACGCGGAUUCUAUAAAAGAAACUACUUAGAUGGGAUCAGAAAGCUGCUUACGAAAUGGUAAUUUAAAUAAGAAAGGGAGCGUGGGAGAUAAUGUACGUAUUUAGGUUUAAUGAGAGAUGUAACGAAAGUGUAAAUGGCCAGAAAUGGCGUGAGCUGGAAGCCACAAUAAAGAUAAUCCUAAUAUCUAUUCGAAGGAA